CGUAAAUUGUUGGGAAAAUGGUCGGGUUCGAGAGAAAAGACCUAAGUCCAUUCCAUGGACCACUGGAACCGAAAGUUGAAAUCGAAAGCUGCAGAAAAGAAAAGCAUCAGUAAAGUUACAACAGCCGUUGUGGAGUAGGAGUGUAGGACGCAACUGAAGUUGAGUUUCGUCAAAACAGAACUGGAAAUGGACAGCAGCGAAGAAGAAGACGAUUUCCCAUCUAUUGAAUCGGUCACUCCACAAUCCAAGAUCGACACCAUCUUUCAAUCUAAAACCGAAAAGGGCAUUAGAAAGCUCUGUUUUGAGCUUCUUGAUUUGAAGGAUGCAGUAGAGAAUUUAUGUGGCAACACUCAAUCCAAGUACUUAGCUUUUCUGAGGCUAUCCGAUGAGGUUGUGGAAAUGGAGCAUGAACUCAACGACCUAAGAAAGAACAUCUCUGCACAAGGAAUCCUCGUACAAGACUUACUAAGUGGGGUCCACCAUGAACUGAGCGAAUGGAGUAAAGCCAACAACACUGAGAAACUUCAAAAAGACACCGAAUUCGACUUCCCAAAUGAAUCACAAGAUGAAAAAAGAUCAUCUUUAGAAAAUAUAGACCUUCUUCUAGCUGAACAUAAAGUAGAAGAAGCCAUAGAAGCAAUAGAAACAGAAGAAAGAAAACACCCUGACUUUAAAACCUCAUCCGAUUCAUUAUCCAAUGAAUUUUCAAAACGAAAAUCUUUAAUUGAAAAUCAACUUGUUGACAUCAUCUUUAAAAGUAGCAGUUUUGGGUUUACUAAAGCUAGGAAAAGGUCCUCUUGCACAUAA